GCUUGUCAGAACCAUGGUCAGAACGCUGAGAGGCAGUGAACGGCAGAGGUCUAACGUUAGCUCAGUUUCUCAUUAGGAUAGAGACACGUUCACCUGUGAAGACGCUCUGCUGUGGACAUUUCUGAAAGCCAAUGUUAACUUUUGGAUAGUACCGUUUGCUAGACUGUCUAGCGUUUCGGGGGCUAGCUUUCAGCGUACUUACUGGUGUUCUGCGGUGGAAAUAGCAAAAAAAUGUCGUCUCCAAGUCCGGGUAAAAGGCGAAUGGAUACCGAUGUGGUGAAACUCAUCGAGAGCAAGCAUGAAGUCACCAUCCUCAGCGGACUCAAUGAAUUUGUAGUCAAGUUUUUCGGACCACAAGGAACGCCGUACGAGGGAGGCGUGUGGAAAGUGCGAGUAGAUCUUCCUGAUAAAUACCCAUUCAAAUCGCCAUCUAUAGGAUUCAUGAACAAGAUUUUUCAUCCCAACAUUGAUGAAGCGUCAGGGACGGUGUGCUUAGAUGUCAUCAACCAGACAUGGACAGCCCUUUAUGAUCUGACCAACAUCUUUGAGUCGUUCCUGCCUCAACUGCUGGCUUACCCAAACCCCAUCGAUCCCCUGAAUGGUGAUGCAGCUGCCAUGUACCUCCAUCGGCCAGAGGAGUAUAAGCAGAAAAUCAAAGAAUACAUCCAGAAAUAUGCAACAGAGGAGGCUCUGAAGGAGCAGGAAGAGGGGGCAGGUGACUCUUCAUCUGAAAGCUCCAUGUCUGAUUUCUCAGAAGACGAAGCCCAGGACAUGGAGUUGUAGUAAUAGGAGGGCUCCCCCAUCCCUCCCCCUCCUUUAACCCCCACAGAGACUAUAUUUGAUUUCCUAACCAUGAGAAAGCAGACUUAUAAUAUUCAUAUUUAAACAAGUUGAUUUUUUUUAUUAUUAUUAUUAUUAUUAUUAUUAUUAUUAUUACUACUAAACAAGGAUUUUUAUGGAUAUCUACCCUUUUGGUGUGUUUGACAGACACCCGUCCUGUUCUGUAGCCGUUUCCCCCUUCACAGACGUCGCAAUUCGCAUCCUCUGCCUGCUAUCUCUGCCUUCUGUUAGGUGCGUCACGUAGGAUAUUCCCCCUGUGAACGUCCGAUUUCUCGGCUCAAAUUUCGCCUUAGGAAAGUUUCAGUUUGACCCGAAUCGUAUUGUCUUUUCUUUUCCCACUAUGCUAACUGAUUCUGACCGACCUUUUUCUUUUUUUUUUUUUUUUUGUAGUUGCUCCACUGCAACGCUGCUUGUACGCUGUACGCUAUUACUCUCUUUAGUCAAGACAGUAUUUGAGACAAGGUCUGGGCACACCUUGCGUGCGGUGCAGUGCCAACAGACACUCACUCGCAAAUCAACCUGGAACUUUUUUUUUUUCCCAGCGUACUACUUGAGACUUCACUUAGUUCCAGUGCUAUAUUGGCUGUUACGUUGCUCUUUGUUGACUCACUGCAGCUGCCUGUUUACAUGUGCCACUUUUGCACUGAAGAAUACACGCGCAACAACGCCAGGGUCUCGGAAAACGAAUCGAUUCGACGCGCGUCCCCAUUACAGGGGGCCGACGGCGCGGUGGCAAAUAUGUGCUUUAGGUGCCGGAUUCGUGGAGCUAACUGCACGAGCUGUGAGGUCGCUGCUCUCAAGCCAAGAACCCUCCGUGGCUCUACUGUACGGUUUUUGCGGACGUUGAGGUCAGACUCGCUUGGUAUUGUGGGAACUGAAACUAGACCAGAGCUACCCUUUAACCAUCUGACCAUGUGAGCUUCCUGUCUGGAGGCGUCUGGAGCAUUCUCAUUGGGCAAGGCUGCCUCUGUGUUCCUGUUUUUAAAAACAAAUCUGGUCAAGAAUGACGUUUUUUUUCUUAUUAUUAUUUCUUUCUGUCUAUUUGCUUAAGUUCUGUUUUGACCUGAAUAAAAAGCAACAAAAAAUGGU